AUGUCAUUGGGGAUAUUCCGUCCGGUCGCUUGGUCUGUGUCUGAGGACGGAGGUGAGGCCAAGCUUGCUGAGACGCCGGUCGAGUCGUCGGCCGAGCAAGGCGUAGGCGAGGCUGCAGCAGGAGGUGGAGAAGAGACAGCAGGAACAGGAGGCGGCGAGAAGAAGAAGCGGGCACGGCUUCGGCGUGUGCGGCGGAAGAAGAAGCCGAUGCCGUUUGUGAUCGGAGUGGAGGAAGCAUCGAUGUUGUACGAGCCGUGCUCGCAUCGGUACGCGGCAAAGUGGCCGCUGACCCUCAUCUGCCGCCGUGAGCCGGCCUUUCCCUUCUUUACCACACUGGAGCAGCGGGAGAAGGGCUGCGUCAUGUUCUAUCGAAGGUAUCUCGAGCUGCUAGAGAUCGAUGGCCACUCGACAGAGCGCGCUGUCGGCGCCUGGACACUCUACGACAACUGCAUGAAGGCCCCGCUUCCGCCGCAUGACGCCAUCUAG